AUGCUUCCGAUUUUAUUCUCUUUAGUUAGAAGUGAGAUUUAUUUACCGCCUACACUCAAUGACGAGAAUUUUGAAACCAAGAUCAACAAAUCUAAACUUGCUUUAGUCAUGGCAAUUGAUGAAAAUAAUACAGAAGUGGAAAGAUUGAUGCCACACUUUCGUGCUGCUGCCGAAACAUUCCAUUCUGGCAAUAAAUGCGACUUUUUCUAUCUUGAUGGCAAUAACGCGCCACAUACGCUUGAUCUUUACAAUAUUCAAUUUUUCCCUUCUUUCUACGUAUUCCGCAAUGGCCAAUUUAUGACGGAAUACACAGGAGAAAGGAAUUCAACAGACCUUAGAAAGUACUUAACAAGAAUUACAAACAAACCACUCGUUGUUGAAAUCGAUUCUCAAGAUCGCGCAUACAAAUUCCUUCAAUACAACCCGAUUGCUGCUAUAUUGACAAGUGAUGAAGAUACUUCAGAUGAUGUAAUUGAAGUUUUUCAAGAUUUGGCUGAAAAAUUCAUUGAUAUUAUUCCAUUCGUGCGUUCAACAUCUACAGAGGCAGCAUAUCAAUUUGGCCUUCAGCAGGAUCAAGAUACCUCGCUUACAAAUGCAAUUUUAAUCAGAAGAUCAAUCGAUGAUGUAAUUGUUCAAUAUCCAAUUAGCGAAAUUGACAAAACAGAUGAGCUUGAGAAGUUCAUCCGCGAUAACGCUUAUCCAUUAUACAGACUUACAGAAGGAACCCUUUUCCGUGACGUAAUUCACGAUUCUCGAAUGACAGUCUUCUGUUUCUGCGACGUAAACAAGAAGCACUCCCUCAAACAAGUACACUGGGGCAUGAGACAGAUCUACGACAAGUUCAAAGAUAAUUUCACAUACGCAUACGGACCAUACCGCCAGUUUACGCAACUCCUGAACGAGAUGGGCACAGCAGGAACCAAAGAACCUAUCUGGGUUGUAGCAAACUUUACAGAAAAUGGAGAUGUAAGUGAGAAAUUAUUUUUUCCAGAAGGAACAGAGAUUACUCCGGCAAUCUUGGACCAGCUUCUUGACCAAGUAAUUAAUUCCUUCCCAAUUAUCCCUGUAAAGUCCGAAGAAAUCCCAGAAGAAGAUGAAGAUGAUCUUCCUAACCUUAAGAAGCUCGUUGGAUCAAACUUCCGAGCUGUUUAUGGAUCUCCUAAGGAUUCUGUAACUCUCAUUGCUCCUUCAGCAACAGAUAAAACUUCAAUAGAUUUACUUCAAGAAUUACAGGCCAUUGCCUAUGAAUUCAACCAACAGAAAUACUCUAGAUUUAUGUUCUAUUAUAUUAAUGCUGAAAAGAAUGAUAUCCCGUUAGAUGUUCCAAAAGAUAAGCCAACUUUGAUAUUGAAGAAGCGUGGUAAAGGUAUGAUCCUUCCAAAUGAAAGCAACGCAAUGAAGUUGUUCAGAUUAAUUGUUACUGAAGCGAAAUUAAAUGUCAAAGUACCAAGAAAAUUGAAAUUUGCGGAGGAAAACUUGGAACUUUAA